AUGUCAGAACUGGCUGCUCUUACGGAAGUCUUUUGUGGAGAGAACCCCAUUGUUGAUAUUGUCGCAGUCCAUGGACUUAAUGGAGACUCGGUCAAGACCUGGACGUCAAAGACAAACAAUAAGUUCUGGUUGGGCGAUGCCGAUAUGCUCCCCUUGGCCAUGAAACAAUCUCGGAUUCUGACGUUCAGAUAUAACGCUUGCCAUCACAGCGCUUUUUGGGAAAACUUCAGCGGAUCGAAUCCUUCAUCAUGCUCAGACGUUGAUAGCAGAGCACUGGUGUAUUCAUUCAGUCGAACCAGUAAAGCGGUUGAGCACCUCCAUUCUAUCUUUGUUUCCACCUACGGAAUACUCUUUAUGGGAACUCCGCAUAAUGGAAGCAGCCUGACGAGCUUGGCAUCCAUGAGCCGACGAAUGCUAGAGGCACUUCUGCCGUCGAAAGUAGUUAGUACCGAUGGACAGCUACUAGACGCGUUGAAGGAAGGGUCCGAAACGCUCCAGAAUAUCACCGAUAUGUUCAUCCCGUUGAUGAAGCAAUUCCGAAUCUAUUUCUUCUGGGAACAGCAGAAGACAGAUUUUGGGACAAAAUUAGAUUACGUCGUAGAAAGUUCAUCUGCUGCUCCAAUCCUGGACAGUAUUGAGAGAGCUGGACUGCCUUAUGAUCAUUCCAAUAUGUGCAAAUUUGCGUCUCGAACUGCAGGCGGAUACACGAUUGUUGUGGCAGCAUUGAUUCGAUAUUCUAAAGAUGCACCGAAGACGAUAGCGCGGAGAUGGGAUAAUGCAGCGGUGAUGUUUAUGUCGGCGCGGAAGAACGAGGCGGCGGAGUUGUGCAGUUGA